AUGAUGAACCUACAAUAUAAAGCUGGACAAAUUAAUUCUUUGGCAAUACAACAAUCAGAAGCUCAAAAGAAAACAGCUGAAUUAUUAAUUCCUUUAGCAAAUCAAAACAUAUCUAUACAAGAAAAUGCUUUGAGUAUUUUAUGUGGUGAAUACCCUCAAAAAAUUGAACGUAGUAAUUCUUUAAAACAGAUGUUCACUGAUAAUAAACUUUCUGAAGGUGUUCCGGCUCAACUUUUAAGUAGAAGACCGGAUUUAAAAGCUGUAGAAUACACUUUAAUAAGUCUAAAUUCUAAAACAAAUUUAGCUAAAGUUGCAAUGUAUCCUAGUUUAAGUCUUACUCCACAAAUAGGAGCUAAUUCUUAUAAAAUUAAUCAAUGGUUUGAUUUACCUGGAUCUCUUACAAAAACUAUUGCAGCAAAUUUAGCUGCUCCUAUCUUACAGAAAAGACAAUUUAAAACAGCAUAUGAAACUGCGGUCAUUGAACAAGAAAAAACAGUUAUAAAUUACAAACAAACAAUGUUGAAUGCUGUAAAUGAAGUUUCUGAUGCAUUAGCAAAGCAAAAAGGAACUUCAGAAAGAAUAGAUUUACUACAACAAAAAACCAAUAUCCUUGAUAAAGGAAUAAAUGAUGCUGUAAAACUAUAUAAAAAUGGUAUGGCUACUUAUCUUGAAGUAUUACAGCAACAAAUAUAA